AUGUCGAGGGGAUCUCGUCUCCUCCUCUGUCGCGCUUCAUUUUCUUACCGUCUUCUCUCUGAUCAUCAUCAUCAUCAUCAUCAUCAUCAUCACAUAUUACCCAAUUUCAUCAGAAGCAACUCAAUUCGCACACCAAUCAGAAUCAAUGCCUUCCUCUCCGAUCCAUCUCCAUCUCCAUCUCCAAUUGGCUCCCGAGUCAACUCGCGCGUCCUCUUCUCCUCCACUUCAAAUCCAGAUAAAUCCGCAUCUAAACCUCACAACUCAAUCAAAACGGCGUCGUCUGAUAAGAUCCUCCGCACGAUCUUCAGCUAUCUAUGGAUGAGUGACAACCCAGAGCUCCGUUUCAGAGUCAUCACCGCUUUAGCUUGUCUCGUCGGAGCUAAAUUCCUAAACGUCCAAGUUCCCUUCCUCUUCAAACUAGCAAUCGACUCACUCUCUUCAUCAUCAUCUUCUUCCAUCGCUUCUUCAAACCCAUACCUCCUCGCCGCUUUCGCAACUCCUUCCUCUGUCCUCAUCGGAUACGGCAUCGCUCGAUCCGCCUCCUCCGCUUUCAACGAGCUACGCACCGCUGUUUUCUCCAAAGUCGCUCUCCGCACAAUACGAUCCCUCUCUCGUAAAGUCCUCUCGCAUCUACACGGUCUCGACCUCCGUUACCAUCUAAACCGAGAGACGGGUGCGUUGAACAGAGUCAUCGAUCGUGGAAGCAGAGCGAUCAACACGAUCCUCUCGGCUCUGGUGUUCAACGUUGUUCCGACCAUCUUGGAGAUAGCUAUGGUCUCAGGUAUAUUAGCGUACAAAUUCGGAGCUGUGUUUGGGUUGAUCACUUCUCUCUCUGUUGGAUCGUAUAUAGCUUUCACGUUGGCUGUGACUCAGUGGAGAACAAAGUUUAGAAAAGCUAUGAUCAAAGCUGAUAACGAUGCCGGCACGAGAGCCGUUGAUUCUCUGAUCAACUACGAGACGGUUAAGUAUUUCAACAACGAAGACUACGAAGCUCGAAAGUACGAUGAGUUGCUUGGAACGUACGAAGAUGCUGCUUUGAGAACUCAGAAGAGUCUUGCGUUUUUGGAUUUCGGACAGAGUUUGAUAUUUAGUACAGCUUUGUCGACGGCGAUGGUGUUGUGUUCUCAGGGGAUUGUGAGUGGUGAGAUGACAGUUGGUGAUUUGGUGAUGGUGAAUGGUCUUCUCUUUCAAUUGUCUCUUCCUCUUUACUUUCUCGGUGGGGUUUAUAGGGAAACCGUUCAGGGACUUGUGGACAUGAAAGCGAUGUUUCAACUGCUGGAGGAGAGAUCAGAGACUGGAGAUAGAGAUGUAGACGCGAAGCUUCCUCUUCUUGAUUUGAGAGGUGGAGGAAGCAUCCGGUUUGAGGAUGUGCAUUUUGGUUAUUUGCCGGAGAGAAAGAUUUUAGAUGGGGUUUCGUUUGAGGUGCCUGCGGGGAAGAGUGUUGCGAUUGUUGGUGGGAGCGGUAGCGGAAAAUCGACGAUUCUUAGGAUGAUAUUCAGAUUCUUUGACGCAGAUUCUGGAAAUGUAAAGAUUGAUGGUCAGGAUGUAAAGAAUGUGAGACUAGAUAGUCUUCGUAGCUCCAUUGGAGUUGUCCCUCAAGAUACUGUGCUCUUUAACGACACAAUAUUUCACAACAUUCACUAUGGGAACCUUUCAGCGACAGAGGAAGAGGUGUACGAUGCAGCUCGGCGUGCAGCGAUUCACGAUACGAUCAUGAAGUUCCCCGAAAAAUAUUUGACAUCGGUUGGAGAGAGAGGGCUGAUGCUGAGUGGUGGAGAGAAACAAAGAGUUGCACUGGCUCGUGCGUUUCUUAAAUCGCCUGCGAUUCUGUUGUGUGACGAAGCAACGAGUGCGCUCGACAGUAGAACCGAGGCAGAGAUAAUGAAAACGCUCAGGUCGUUAGCGAGUAACAGGACUUGUGUUUUCAUUGCACACAGGCUUACCACUGCGAUGCAGUGUGAUGAGAUCAUUGUGUUGGAGAGAGGGAAAGUGGUGGAGAAAGGGACGCAUGAUGUGUUAUUGAAGAAAUCAGGAAGAUACGCUAAGUUGUGGACACAACAAAACAGUAAACUGUAG